UGAGCUGUGCUUAGCUUCUGCCUAGCUCACCUCUCUCUCCCAUCUCCAGCCUCUGCCGCCAGGCACCUGGCCUGUGGGUCCUCGGAGAAGCCAUGGAGCUCAGAGAGGAGCGGAUAAGGCAACAGCCGAACACUGCUCAGCAAGGAGAAUGAACACACUGCGGAUGUGUGGGACACACGGCGGAGUCUGUGAAACGUGAUGCCGAGCCCAAGAGACGAGACAGAAAAGCGCACAGACUGUUGGAUUCCGUGUGCGCCACGUCCAAGCACAGGCGAACGCCUCUGCGAUCGAUGGUCGACGAUCAAGAUCAGAAAGCGGCCACCCUUUGUGGGGGGACGGCAGUAGUUGUCCCACCUCCCGGAGUCCUGGCCGCGGGCGGAGCGGGCAGCACGUGGACGCCUCGGGGUCUGCGGGGUCGGCCUCACCCCGCCCCGGAGGCCCGGGCGGAAGGUCGCGGAGGAGCGGGCGCCCUGGCAGCGCGGAGGGGACCUGAGGCUGCCGCUGUCGGACGCGGGGCCAUGGCCGAGCUGCUGCGGACGCAGGCCCGAAAACCAAAAUGCUACCUGCUUCGUCCUGUGACCUUUCUCCUGAUAAUGCUCAUCUUGGUCUUCUUUGGCGCUGGUUUCCUGAGCCCAAGAAGCCCGGUGCUGUGGAGCAGGCGAGCAGGGGCAGGUGAGGCUGGAAGGGAAUCAAUCGGCCUGCAAGUUGUGAAACUGUCGAGGAUGGUGUAUCCGCAGCCCAAGGUGCUCACACCCUCUAGGAAAGAUGUCCUUGUCCUUACCCCUUGGCUGGCCCCCAUCAUCUGGGAGGCGACCUUCAACACUGACAUCCUGAACGAGCAGUUCCGACUCCAGAAUGCCACCAUCGGAAUCACGGUGUUUGCCAUUAAAAAAUACGUGGUCUUCCUGAAGCUGUUCCUGGAGACGGCAGAGCAGCACUUUAUGGUGGGUCACAGGGUCAACUACUACGUCUUCACUGACCGGCCAGCCGAUGUGCCGCACGUGCCCCUCGGGGAGGGCCGGCAGAUGGUGGUCCUCGAGGUGCCGGCCUCCGCGCGCUGGCAGGACGUGUCCAUGCGCCGCAUGGAGAUGAUCAGCAGCUUCUGCGAGCAGCGCUUCCUCCGCGAGGUGGACUUCCUCGUGUGCGCGGACGUGGACAUGAAGUUCCGUGACCACGUGGGCGUAGAGAUCCUGUCCCAGCUCUUCGGCACCCUCCAUCCCGGUUACUAUCGGGCCAGUCGCGAGGCUUUUCCAUACGAGCGCCGGCCGCAGUCACAGGCGCACAUCCCCCGGGACCAGGGCGACUUUUACUACAUGGGGGCCUUUUUUGGGGGGUCAGUGUCUGAGGUUUACCGGCUUACCAAGGCCUGUCACCAGGCGAUAGUGGCCGACAGGGCCAAUGGCAUCGAGGCCGUGUGGCACGACGAGAGCCACCUAAACAGGUACCUCCUGGACCACAAGCCCACCAAGGUGCUGUCCCCGGAGUACAUGUGGGACGAGAAGCUGCUGGGCUGGCCCGCCAUCAUGAGGAAGCUGAGAUACGUGGCUGUGCCCAAGAAUCACCGGGAGAUCCGGAACCGAUGACGGGCUGCCAGGAGGACUGCGCAAGGGCGUGGGCGGCCGCCCAGUGUCGCUCCUGGGGGCGCUGCCCUGAUGGGGACCUUUAUAACAGGCUGGGUAACCUCACUUCCUUUUUCUGUCCUUGUUGCGGCCUCUUAAUUAAAACCAGCCCUAACAUGGGUUCCCUUCCAUUGAAACCAGCGUCUAUGGGGCUAAAACCCAAAGCACACAUUCCCUGUUCUCUGCUGCUUUACUUACACUCAUCAAAUAUGUAAAUAUUUGUUUCUGUAGUCUCUGACUCCCUGAGCUUUACAAUCACAAAGAAGUUAGAAGUUGUUUAAAGCUCAGAUGGCCUCCCGCUGGGCUCCCAGUAAACUUGUGACUAAUCACAGGUCCUUGAGGUCUAUUACAGGGAGCCUAAUGUCCAGAGAAUAUCAGGAAACUAAAGCAGCCCAGGCCCCAACUCCUCGGCUUCCUGACACCAGACUCUACCCUCCACCACGGAGAUGAACAGUCAAGGACACCCACCUGCAAAAUUCCCUUCUCUUCCCCCCUUGCAAACAGCAAAACCUUAAAACCCUUUAGUCGUUUCUGAACGAGGGAGCUAGCAGUUCUUAAGGCACUAGCCAUUGCUCUGUUCCCUCCACCUGGCUAAAACAAUAAAGCCUUUCCUUUCCACUCAA